GAAUAAAGCUGCGCAGAUGUAUUUGGCCAUUCAAGUGUUGUAAUCCCUCAAUUACAACAAAGUUUUAUCGCUUUAUGUCUGCUACACAACCGUCCAUUGCAAACCUUGGAAAAUCACGCAUGCAGCGGAGACAUGUUCCCGGGUAAUUUUGCAUGGGGAGCAGCAACUGCUGCCUAUCAAAUAGAAGGGGGCUGGGAUGCAGACGGCAAGGGCCCGAGCAUAUGGGAUACCUUCUGUCAUGGGAAAGGCAGAGUGUUUGAGGACCAGAGUGGAGAUGUCAGCUGUAACAGCUACCAGCUCUGGGAGGAGGACCUGGGGUGUAUCCUCCAGCUGGGGCUCACCCACUACCGCCUGUCCUUCUCCUGGGCUCGCUUGUUGCCUGACGGAACAACGCGGCACGUCAAUAAGAAAGGGGUGCAGUACUACGAGAAAGUGAUUGAUGACCUGCUGGCCAACAACGUGUUGCCCAUGGUUACUCUCUACCAUUUUGACCUGCCCCAAGCGCUUCAGGACCAGGGAGGGUGGAAAUCUUCAGAGAUGGCGGGCAUAUUUGACACCUACGCCAAGUUCUGCUUCCGAACGUUUGGGGACCGCGUCAAGCUGUGGAUUACCAUCAACGAGCCCUACGUCUGUGCCAAGAUGGGUUACGAGGAUGGCCUGUUUGCACCAGGGCUUAAGGAGCAGGGGGUGUCUGCCUACAUUGUGGGUCACAACAUGCUGCGGGCCCACGCCAGGGCCUGGCACAGCUACGACACCCUCUACAGGGCCACUCAGGGCGGUGCGGUGUCUUUGGCCAUCAACAGUGACUGGGCUGAGCCUCUGGACCCCGCUAGCUCUGAAGACAUGGCUGCCACUCAACGCUACCUAGCCUUCACCUUCGGAUGGUUCACCUGGCCUGUGUUCCUGACCGGAGACUACCCUGGUGUGAUGAGAUCCAACGUAGAGCGGAGAAGCAAGGAGCAGGGCUACCAGGGAUGUCCCAGACUCCCCACCUUCUCGGAGGACGAGCCCAGCGUUUUGGGAACGGCCGAUUUCUUCGCGCUCAACUACUACACGUCCCGUAAGGUGAAAGCGAGGGGGGCCUGUGGAGGAAUGCUGAGUCUGGACAGUGACCGGGACGCGGAGGGGGUGACGGACACCUCCUGGCCUGUGUGCGGGGUCUCCUGGCUGGCUGUGCUCCCUGAGGGCCUGAGGAACCUGCUGAGAUACAUCAAGGAUACUUUGAACGGGCCUGAGAUCUACAUCACAGAGAACGGCUUCUCUCAGGUGGGUCUGGUGGACCUGGAGGACGUCCAGCGUGCUGGUUACUACCUGGACACCAUCCAGGAAGUGGGCAAAGCUAUCCAGGAGGAUGGGGUGGAUGUCAGGGGCUACUUUGCCUGGUCUCUCCUGGACAACUUUGAGUGGGCGAGCGGGUAUAGUGUGCGUUUUGGCCUGUUCCACGUCGACUUCUCAGGGGCGGAGCAGAAGCGGUCCAGCUAUGUGUCUGGAAAGGAAUACGCCAAGACCAUCGCCAAAUACAGAACUCAGGCCGGCACGGAUGAUUUAACAACGGAGUAAACUAGUCUGAAUUGUGGACUCAUGCCUAUUGGGAGUCAUUUCACAGACAUUAACAGUCAUUGCCUUUUUUGAUUAAAUUGUUCUUUGAUACAUUC